CAGUUCACAUACAUCACUAUUCAUUUUAUUUUGGACUUCGAACUCGAAGUUAGAUUCUAUUUUGUUUUUACUAAAACACAUUUAAAUUAAUUAGUAUUUAAAUAUGUCUCGCGUUUUGGUCGGAGUUAAGAGAGUUAUCGACUAUGCCGUCAAGGUCCGUGUGAAGCCAGACAAGUCUGGUGUGGUGACAGAUGGGGUGAAGCACUCCAUGAACCCGUUCGACGAGAUUGCGGUGGAGGAGGCAGUCCGCAUGAAGGAGAAGAAGCUGGCCAGCGAGGUUGUUGCAGUCUCUUGCGGACCCACACAAGCUCAGGAAACCUUAAGGACAGCCCUGGCCAUGGGCGCAGACCGCGCCAUCCACGUGGAGGUGGCCGGUGCUCAGUAUGAGACCCUGCAGCCCCUGCAUGUGGCCAAGAUCCUCGCCAAACUGGCUCAGGAUGAGAAGGCCGACAUUGUCAUAGUUGGAAAACAGGCUAUUGAUGAUGACUCAAAUCAAACUGCCCAAAUGACAGCUGCCUUUUUGGAUUGGCCCCAAGGCACAUUCGCUUCAAAGGUGGAAAAAAGCGACGCCGGGCUGACGGUGACGCGCGAAAUCGACGGCGGUUUGGAGGUGAUUAAAACCAAGCUGCCGGCCGUCAUCAGCGCCGACCUGCGCCUCAACGAGCCCAGAUACGCCACGCUGCCUAACAUCAUGAAAGCCAAAAAGAAGCCCCUCAAGAAACUAACCCCCAAGGAUCUCGGCGUCGACGUGGCGCCCAGGAUCAAGGUGGUGUCGGUGGAAGAUCCCCCGGUGCGCCAGGGCGGCUCCAUCCUCCCCGAUGUGGACACCCUCGUCGCCAAGCUCAAGGAGAGCGGACACGUCUAACCAGUUCUAACGCACCUCAAUCGUAUCAAAUAAUAAGGGCCAGUUGCAUCAACCACAGUUAAGAGACACAUCAACGUCACGCAAGACUAAUUGAAAUUCCCAUACAAAAAAGUUCCAAAAUUUUUACGAACGCUAAAUUCCCAUAAAGACCCUUAGGGCCCAUUUAGACGGUACGAGAACUCGCAUACGAGUUUUAUUACAUUACGGUAUUUGAUGGCUGUGCAAAAUUGUAUGUAAACUCAACAACCCGCAAUGUAACUAAAAUAGCAUGCGAGUUCGCACGUCAUCUAAAUCAGGCCUUAGGCUCGUAGCGCAAGAACAACGCGAUGUGUUUUUGUUUUUCACGCACUGAAUUGAGAGUCGAUUUGAAGUCAUGUUCCGCGCUCGAGUUAUCUGGAUAUCAUAAUUGCAAGACAACAUCGCCUGGCCUUAAUUGAAUGGACCUGGAAACGCAACUGUAACUGUCACACUAAUAUGGAAGAGUGAUAGAGACGCACAGAGUUUUGUCGUAGAGCAAAGCUAUCUUUGCUAGGCCGGUUGAAGUGGGAUUUUGUAGUAUGGUGGAUUGAGGUUGAAAAUGUUGCAUGCAUGUUGUAUAGUGAAUUCGGUUUAUAUCUUUUGUAUUACAAUGUGAAUCAAUUUAGUGUAAAUUGUUAAAUAAAUAUUUUACCAUGUU